AUGCAGUUCUUGCGCCGCUUUGGCACUCCCUUGGUGACGAUCAGCCUGUUGAUCGGGCUAUCUGUGCUCACUGUGGUGUCUGUAGGGGAAGGAUUGAAGCUGUUUGUCGUUAGAAGAGAUGAAUUCAAGCUGCGAAGGAGAGAUGGUUCGACGAUCACAUUGAACAUGCCUUGGAAUCCACCAAAGAUCAAAACCGACGUAAAGGCAAUAAAUCCAGCUGUGGGAGGGAUGUUGAAUGCGGUCGAAGCCGUUGCGUCUGCUCUCCUUGGCGACGGAACCGAUAUGGCAGCCAAUGCCCAAGCACAAGCAUCGAUUGUCACAGCUACAAUAAUCCCAAUCGCACAAAGCGUUGCAUCGACAGCCCUUGGGGGAGGCACGGCACAAGUUCCCGCCGCUGUUGCGGAUGUCACAAGCGCCAUAAAUCAAGCAACUGGCGUUGUGGGUGGUAUCGUCAGCGCUGCUAAUAGCAUUGUAGCAAGCAUGGUUGCUGGAGCUGUAAGUGCAUCAAAUAUCGGAAUACUCUCGACAUCCGUACCUCUGUCAGCCACCAAAUCUGCUUCGGGAGGAUUAUCGUCGCCUUUCUCAACCAACAGCUCACAGCAUGGGUUAUGCUCGACUUGCAACAGCUCUCCCUCAAGCACUGCACUGCCUCUCAACAUAACGUCUGCUCCUCUCCUUUCUUCGAUGACAUCGCAAUCAGUGUUACCGAUGGCACCCUCUUGCACGUCCAUGCCAAGUUGCACAUCUUGUCCAGCUGCCUAUACAGAAACAUGCACUGUUACCGAAACUUGGCAUAGCACUCACUAUGCUGAAACAGCCACACUUUACAGUUUUGUUGCGGCGUUCACAGUCACUUGUACUGAGACUGUCAGUGUCUGCCCCUCACUGUCUGCUUACCUGCCACCAGCGAACGCAAUACUGCCUACCCAGCCACCCCUAAUUGCAUGCGCCAAUGGGGCUCUAGCCAAACGGCAAGAGGACUGCACGUCAAUACAGACUUCUGUUUCUCCGACCAGUGCUUCUCCCUCUAGUUCAUACCUUGCAGAUAGUCAGACUUCGUCUCACCCCUGCCCGAAUGCUGGAUAUUCUUGCUCCGAGUGUCCAGGUGGAUGGUUUUGUCCGCCAUCACAAACAGCACCACAGAGUGCGCCUUGUGGUUUUGGGUGGGCAUGUGGAGCUUGUAGCGGGGGAUGGUUUUGUAUACCCAAUCCGACAGCAAGUGGAGGUGCUGGAGCUGUGAACUCCGUUGCCGGUCUUCUUUCAAGCGUUUCAGUUUCCCUGACCCAAGAUGUUCCCUCUACUAUGGCAAGCUUUACAGCACAGCCUCCCAGUUUUUUGUCUACUCUUCCAACAGCACUGGCGACAACAACAGGGCCUGGAACAGUAACAUGUAUUGAUGGAUCAGUCGUGCAGAGACCACAAGACUGCUUGAAUGGAAUUUCUGAAGCAACAUCUUCGCUUGGAGCAUUCGUUACUUCUCUCAGCCCAACUCUUAGUCAAGCAACCAACCUCGCUGGAAGUGCAGUUGGCGGUGCGGAAACCGCACUCAACCCUGCGUUGGCCAAUGUUAAUUCUGCUCUUGCACAAGUCAGCGGUUUAAGUGGUGGACUUCUCAGCACAAUUAUGGCGAAUCUAGCCUCUGCACUUGGUGCCGCCAAUACUCUUGGCAGUAAUGCUCAGCCUACAGCAGCUUCACUUGUUGGGAAUGCAGGAAUUUUACUCUCGAGUGUCAACACUUUGGAAGGGAAUGACAUCUCGCAGGCCACAGCUUUGGCAAACACUCUUGCCGGUAAUGUCAUUGCUACCGGUGUAUCUGUUGUUGGAAAUGGGGCGAAUAACGCGGCGUCUGCUAUUAACGUCCUCGCCGGUAAUGCUAUCCCUACCGCUACAGCCGCCAUUGGUAACGUAGUUGGCAACCUCCCAGGACUGAUCAGAGAUGUAAAGGAAGGAGGAAACACCAUCGGUCACAUCACAACAAUCUUGAACGGUCAAUCUACGAUCCUACCAAUCGUCGUCACCAUCCUCAAUGGAGAGCCUACUGUAGUGCCUGUGGUUAACAUGGUGGUGAAUGGCGCCUCAACCAACUUGCCAGUAUUGAACGGAGCGUCAGGCCAAUCAGCACGUCUUGUAGGAAGAGCAAGACCAAAACAGAAUAAAUUGGAGACAGCAAGCUAUGAGGUGUGGUUGGAAGAAGGGGACGGCAAUUUGGCCUGAGGUGUUUGAUGAGUAUUGUUGAGACAUGGGAAAGGAGAGAAGGAAACACAAU